ACAAAAGGAAGACUUGGUAAAGUUGACUUGGUUGCUUCUUCGUCCCCUCCCUGCUCUUCACUCUCAGCUCAAAAAUCACUACUAUAAAUAACUACAAAUCUAUCAAACACAUUCACAACUCCAUUAUAUUUCUUACUAUUCCCUUCAAUAUUUUUCUCUGUUUGAAAGAAUUUUAAGUGUUGAUUUGCUACUUACUUCCAUACACUUAAUUCAGAUCUGGAGAUGAUGAAAGUAGUGCUGAAGUUGGAGUAUCUCGAUGACAAAGUCAAGCAAAAGGUCAUGAAAAAAGUUUCUGUUGUGGAAGGGGUAGACUCAAUGUCGAUAGAUACAAAGGACAAGAAAUUGACAGUAACGGGAAACGUAGAUCCAGUUGUAUUAGUUUCAAAAUUGAAGAAACUGUGUCACACUGAAAUACUCUCUGUCGGACCAGCAAAAGAGCCAGAAAAGAAGAAAGAUGAGCCGAAGAAAGAGGAUGACAAAAAGAAAGCGGCGGCGGUGGCAGCGGCAACAGCAGCAAUAAAGGCAUAUCCAGCUCCAGUUCUCUAUCAAUAUCAGAAUCAGCAACCUUAUCCACAUUACCCGACCCCUGUUCCUGCUUAUCAGCACUAUUACAGUGUGGAAGAGGAUCCUAACUCUUGUGUUAUCUGCUAACUUCACAUUGUGUUUAUUUGUGAUGGGUUAGUGGAGUAGUUCCAUUCUCACACAUAUCAAUUCUUUUCGGAAUUUUAUCAUACAGUUGGUAUGUGUUCAAUUAUAUCAUUCAACCUCUCUAACUCUACGAGAUAAUAGUAAAAUCUUCAUAUGCUCUACUAGAUCACUUGUGAGAUUUCACUGAAUACCUUGUUGUAUUAUAUUUGGCUGAAGAAUUGAAAGUUAAGAGGAUAAGAGUAUUUGAAGCUGAAAAAGAAUAGGAGCAUUUAAGAAUACAGAUUGUGUUUGGUUUGAAUUUCACCUAGAAAAAAAAGGACUGAAAAUUAUUCCAGUUCACUUGAAAGGCUGUAUAUUGAAGUCAAGUCACCAAUUUUGACACAUUAUAGUUAUCAACGGUUGCAAUUGACUUCAUAA